UAUGUUGUGUGAUGUUGUUCCUGGAAGAGAAUCAUGGAGGGUUAAGGUUCGGGUUAUUCGUGUUUGGGAAGUUCCUAAUUUCUUGAAUCAUGACCAGACUAAUUCUAUUGAAAUGGUCUUGAUUGAUGAAAAGGGAGGAAAGAUUCAUGCGACUAUUAGGAAACAACUGCUGUAUCUUUUUAAGCUUAAGAUUAUGGAGGGUCAGACUUAUAAACUUUCAUACUUGGCUGUUGCACCCAGCAGUGGUAGCUAUCGUACCACUCUGCAUCCAUACAAGUUUUUUUUCCAGAUGAAAACCAAAGUCCAAAUCUGUGAGGGUGAUUCCAUACCAAAGUUUGGGUUGUCUUUUAGCAAUAUCUCCGAUGUUUUAUCCCAUACGGUUGAUUAUGAUUACUUGGUUGAUGUGCUGGGUAUAAUGACUGGUAUAUCUGUUGAGAGAGAAUACAUUAAAGAUGGAAGGGUUACAAAAAUGAUAGUCAUGGAAUUGACUGAUAAGAGUGGAAAAUGUGAAGUUGCAUUGUUUGGAGAUUAUGUUGAUAUUCUUCAGAAGAAAAUGGAGAAUACUUCCGAAGGAUUGCCGGUUGUAGCUGUCCAGUUUGCGAAGCUGAAGAUUUUUAGAGAUAAAGUUUCUCUACAAAAUGUCAUGAAUACUACUCAGAUUUUCAUUAAUCCUGAUAUUCCAGAGGCUGUCGAAUUAAAAAUUGGGGAUAUUUCUUCUGGGCUUGACCAAACCGGGGUUGUUCCUGUACUUGGUCCUCGUGCCAAACCUACUUUUGAAGAAGAUUUUAUCCGUGAUAAUCCAAAAAGCACUAUCUCAAGUCUGUUGGGUUCAUCUGAAGAUGGUAUAUAUGUUGUGCUGGGUAUAAUCAGUGAUUUGGUUGAAGGGCAGGACUGGUGGUAUCCUGCCUGUCGUUGUCAUAGAAUUGUCAGUGCUGAUUCUGGUGCCUAUUAUUGUAAAGGGUGUGUAAAGCAUGUCUUUCAUAUGGUGCCUAGGUUUAAAGUCAAGUUUCGUGUUCGCGAUGCUACUGGUGAUGCUAUUUUUGUUGUUUUCGAUUCGGAUAUGUUCAACCUUAUUGGAAAACAGUGUAGUGAUCUGGUUUCUGCUGGAAAGGCUGAAAAUGCUGGUUUCUAUCCAAAUGAACUGAAGGAUUUGGUUGGUACUAAACUGCUUUUCAAGGUUGAGAAAUCUUCCUCAACCCAUGUUUUAUUUGAUGGUUCAUUUAGGGUCAAGCGAAUUUGCAAUGAUGCAUCCGUUAUGCAAAUUUUCAAUCCUUCUCUGCUGCAAGUUUCUACCAAAGAGAUUGAUAAUAAAUCUCCUGAAUCUGGUGGGUUAGUUGAUGAUGUUGGCGAUGAGGUUGUUGAAGAAGAGAUUGUUGAAGAAACUCAGUUAGAUGGAUUUGUCUCUGAUCUUUUGGUUACUCCUGAAACUGCUUUGGCUCCUCCUACUAAAGUGUUUGCUGGUGGUAGUUCUAAGAGGAAUUUGUCCAAGGCUUUUGAAGAAUCUGAUGUUCUAUAUCCUAAAGUUACAUUGAAAUCUGUUAAGAUUGAAAAAGAGUAG